GAAUACAACCGGAAUAGCGCUCAGUGCGCGGGUGAUGAUCUCCGCUGCCGCAGCAGCAGCAGCAGCAUCUCGACGCGCCGCCCCCCCGCGAGGUCGCGGCUUUGUUACCGGUGUCCCGGUCCAAUGGAGGCCGCGGUGCUGAGCCGCGCCGCGAUGCCGCAGGUGGACCGCAACGGCAACACCGUGAACGCCGAGUUGGAGGUGAAGAAGCUGCAGCAGCUGGUCCGGAAGCUCGAGCGGCAGAACGCGCAGCUGAGGACGCGCGCCGGCCCGCCCGGCGGGUUCCGCGACCCGGGCGGGUCCCGUCUCCACAGCCCCCCGCCGUCCUGCGGGUCAGUGUCGCCCCCGGAGGAGCCUUUCGGCUGUUUCCCCCCCCACACAAGCGGGAAGGACGCCCUGGGGAGAGGAGGAGGACAGGGGGGCUCCGACCCGUCGGUUCUGGAUAACCGGACUUUUGGACUUCGAUCGUCUGCGCUGCCGGGACGAUCCGGCGGACACUGGUUAUACGUGUCAUCAAAAGCCAGAGAGCCCAGGGACGGCUCCGUCACCCCCCUGCAGUGGUGCCGGCGGGGGCUGCGCUGCCCCGAGUCAGAGGUGGAGGCCGCCAGAAGAUCGCUGUCCCUCCGCCUGGAGCAAGUCUCCAGGUGGCGUAGCUCUUUGUCCAGCCCCUUUUCCACCUCCUCCCCUGUACCUCCUUUGAGACGAGUGGCCCCCAUCAGUUCUUCCACUCCGUCCAAACCCUGCUCCACCCCCCAGUCGGCGGAGCGACGCGCUCCGUCCUUCUCCUCCCCGCUCCACCCUGGCCUCCAUCGGGCGCUGAGUCCUGUGGGGAAGGAUCUCCCCCCCGCGUCAGAGAGGACCCCCGCGUUCGUCCCCGCCUACCGCGGCGUCCGGCGCUCCGCCCUCAGAGCCCAGGCCUCCGUGGACGGGGACCUCAGCUCUUCUGGGCUGGAGGAGGACGACGACUCCAUCGCUCUGGGAUACAAGCUGCAGGACCUCACCGACGUCCAGGUCAUGGCCCGCCUGCAGGAGGAGAGUCUAAGGCAGGACUACGCCUGCACGUCGUCCCUGCUGGCCAACCGCCGCAGCCAGAGCUUCACCUUCCAGCUCAGCGCCGGCCGCGACCCGGGCGAGGAAGACGAGGAGGAGGAGGAGGAGGAGGACGACGGAGACUACGGCCUCCUGCCGCCGCCGCAGCCGCGCCUCACCCGCCUGCCGCACUCCCGCACCUUCGCCAGCAUGCGGGACUGGCGAAGAAGCACCGGCUCGCUGUCAACCCCGCCCUCCGCCCCGUGCAGCACGCCGCCGUGCCCCUCCGCAGGGUUCGCCCUCCAAGCUCCGCCCCCGACGCCGGGACCAGGGUCGAGAGUGGGAGGCCUCUGCGCGGCCGAGCGGCUCGGCUUCAGGCCCGGGUCAGCCAAGCUGCGGAGGAGCAUGCCCAACCUCGUCAGAGCUCCCAGCAUGCCCUGCGUGCCCGGGCCAACCCCUCCCGGUGCCUCCCCCUCUCUGCUCCGUAACAGCCAGAGCUUUGACUCGUGCGGCGCGCUGGCUCGCCUGCACUCCUCCAUCCCCUCCCCAGGCCAGCUGCAGCACCGGGUCCACAGCGUGGGGAACUUCCCCUCGUUGUCGCGGCGGCCGGCGAAGGCCACGGCCUACGUCAGUCCCACCGUCAAGGCCGCCGCCGCCUCCCCCGACUGUUUCAAUCUGGGCAGCAGUGGCAUUCCGGUGCUCGGUAAAACUCUGGGUGGGGCGGCGGCGGCGGGCUCCGCCCCAAACACGCCCCGCAGCGGCCUGCCCCGCCCCGCCUCACUCUUUUGCCCCCAGAGCUCCACCCCCCUGGGCAAGCUGGGGCAACCGCCGCGGAGCUUACUGACGCCCCCAAAGAGCUUCUCCACCCUCAGUGCCCUGCGGGACAGCAGCUGGAGAGACGGCUGCUACUGAUGAAUGGGUGACUGGUGCAGUGGCGACCCCGCUGGCUGGGGUGACCCCCCCCCCCACACACACACACACACACACACACACACACCGCCGUAAAACCUUCACUCUGCAUAGAACAUCCCAACGUCACUCAAAGGGCAUCCGUUCGAUUCUAUGCAGAGCUUCUUCGGGGAAGGCGGGUCGUGAUGAUUGACAGCUCGUCCCUGUCGGACUGGUCUGUGCCAAGAGGGAGUUGUUCCCUGUUGCCCCGGUGCAAUAAGCCUCUGGCUGUGGGGUGCUAGUAAUACUAAACUGCUAAAGACUGCUGCUGGUUGUUAUUAGGAAAGCUUCACAGUACUGUGUGUAUUUAUACAUUUUAAAUGACAUUUUUAAACUAAUCAGGUGUUUGUUUCGUUUCCCUGUGAUGCUGCUAACGAUGGAUAGUUUUCUGUCCAUUUGGGCACAUUUGGGGGUCCGUUUUACGAGACAUUAAAGUACGUAUUUGUGUACAAAGCUAAAUAUUAAUUGUGCUAAUUAUAUAUAAUUGAAUUUUAAAUGUGACCAAAAGUAACAUGUCUGACUGUUUACAAAUUUGUGUUCCGAUAUAAACUGCAUAUUAACACUUUAAAAUAGUAAAAUGCCCUAAAAAGGAUCCGUUCCUGUUGCACUUUGUAUGAAUCUGAUAUUUGUAUGUUCUAUUCACUAAUGUUGGCACUUUCUCUCACAUUUCUGGCUUCUGGAUGUAAGGAGAGCUUUCACAGGUGUACACGUCCCCAUGUAGCACCCUGCUUUGUAAUAUUAUUCUCAAAUGACCGUCACCAUGGCACGUUUCACCAAACCCAGACACUUUUGUUACUGUGACGGACUAAAUGACUGAAACAUUCUAAUAAAAACGACUUUCUCCAUAUUACCUCAUGACUAUAUCCCUCCAUUUAUUUAGUAUAUUUAAUAAAAGCCAUUUAACACUUUGA